UAAAUCAACAAACUGAAACGGUCGAGAAAGGACUUGAUGUUCAUUAACAAAAUUAAGGAAGAAUAAAUGUGUGUGGGGUGGCACUGCCGAUGGAGUCUGGCACCCAUGCUUCCAAACAGAAACCACUACCUGGAAAGCAAACACUAAUUCUAGUUCCAAAUCAUUUUCAGUCACCGGGAAAUGAAGCCGGUUGUCGUUGUUCUACUUUUGCGGCAUGUGAAGUAAAAAAGAAAAAAGAAAGAAACAACGCGGAAGAAAAGAAAGAAACUUCUACUACAAUUAGUGUUGCAGAGAGAAUGAAUUGAUGAGAAAGAGCUGAACAGUCAGCAGCAUGACUGUGACGACCACCACCACGGAUUAUUGCAUACAAAUUUCUUCUUCUUCGUUUUCUCUUGCUUCAGAGGAAGGAAAUUGCAAAAGAAAGAGUGAUGAGAGUAAGAAUAAGAGCCCCAGGGUGGCGCCGGGCAGGGAGAGGGUUCAAAUCUUGUCGCCUUGUGAUGGUAUAACGGAAUGUUUUGGAGAAGGCACCAUUUAUUCUCCUUUGGAGCAACUGGGAAAGCAGCACACACAGAAGAUGACAGGAGAAAACAGAGAAGAUACGUUUCAUGAAGCCAAUGUGAUUGCAAACUUGGAAAAUAGAGACAUUGAAGGCACAACAGUGGAAAGUGGCAAGGAAAGCUUGUUGUUCAGCAGGGGGCCUAAUCUAGGAUUUGGUCUGGGGGAGAGCAGAGUCAUACUGUAUGAUAUAUUGGAAGGACUCGCCAGGCUUGAUGAAUCCGGCAUCUUUUUAAAUCCUGUGGAAGAUCCGUUAGACUCAAAAUUUUCAGAUAUUAACAGCAAGUGCAAGAGCUUUACAAUGAUACGCAAAAAAAUUGAAUCUCAGGAGUACCUGUCUUGGAAAUCAUUUGUGGAUGACUUUGAGUGCAUUUGUAAUGAUGUAAUGUGUUAUUAUCAAAGGGAUGCUGUGUUUUGGAAAGCUGCAAACAACAUGUUGCAUCGAGGUAGAGUAUAUUUGGAUCAGAUUGCGAAAAGAGCAAACUGGAAUUUUUGUUUUACGCAAACAGAUGAACAGAAUGGGGAUCAGAAUUCAGAAGCUUUUAAUAAUCAAAAUGCAAGUUUAGGCAAUGCAGUGGCUUUGGAAAUGAAACAAAAUAACCCAAAAUGGGACAAAGAAAUCCCUUUCUGCGGUUUACCAUGUAAAGCUUCCAUGCAACCAGAUAUUACAAAGGAUAUUCAACAACUUGAUACUGGUGGAAAUUUAUGUGUUCAGGCAGAUGAAUGUCCAUUGGGUCAACAUUUCUCUAAUUUGGCCAAUGCAAGUUUGUGUUCUCUACAGGACUUGGAGAACUGUUCAACUACAACUGUUGUGUUGGGUAGUUCAAAUUUAGCUGGGCUUAGCAUUGAAGUAGAUGAUACUGUGGUUGACAUCACUGGAUCCAAAUGUAUUUGGAAUGAUGUAAGAGUUGAUUCUCCUGAUCAGGCCACUGAAAGUUCAAGUUCUUUUGGAGAUACAGAUGCUGAUGAUUACGAAACAUGUGGUUCUGUUGAAUCAGAAUCUGAGUUGCAUAAUGGGAAUGCAGCUGCAGCUGUUGAUGAGAAUCAUGGCUAUGCAUCUAUAAAAAGGAAAAACAGUAGAUUGUCAGAUGACUGGAAAUCUUAUAGGCGUGGCAUUGAAUGGCGAUGCCACUGGCUUGAGUUACAGAUUAAGGAGUUCCAGUCUCAAGCUUCCAAGUAUGACUGCAUUCUCAAAAAAAUUCAGUCUAAAAAGUUGCAGAGAGAUAGCCUAACUUGUAUCAAGGAUUCUGCAGCAAGAACUACUCCUCUAAUAUCUCAUUCUAUCAAGCAACGCAUCUUACAUCGGAAGCCUAAAAAAGUGAGAAAGGAGAAGGAUUUAUCAGCAUAUAUGUCACAACACCCUCUGUUCUCUUUAUAUGAGAAUAGGACUGAAGCAGAUGGAAGAUUGGCUGAAGACGAUCCGAAUAAUUUACCAGUUGCAGGUGAGCUGAUAAGCAGAAUGUCAGAUGUGAGUCAUUUCAAUCUCCACCUUGGGCUUGCAGGGGCACUAGAUGGUGAAAACACUAUGGAGCUGAUGUUAUGGAAUAUAGAGAAUUUGCAAUCCCGGAUAAUCAAAAUGAGAAAUCAACUUAAUAAGUUUGUGAAAAGGAUCUCUACAAAUAAUAUAACACAUAAUUCAUGGUCAAAUCAAUUUCCGAAAGGGACAGUGGAAGGUCCCCCUUUCGUUUCCUUAGGUAAAUCUAGAAACCAAAUGCAUGUUGGUAGAGGCAGCAAAGUGCAAACAGUAACCCUCGCUCGUCGGCGCAUCUCUGAAUUCGACAUCAAUAAUGUAGUAAUGCCAGGUAACUCGAUGGCAGUUUAUGUUGAACCAGCCAGGCAUGGGUUCAUUGAGACACCUCACUGGCGUUUUGUAGGUGAUUCAAUGAAGUUGGAUCAAAACACAGAAGACACAAGUGAGGAGGCAACAGAUGAUGAAGUUUAUAUUGAGCGCCAUAGAUGUAUGGAAAUGAAGGAGAAAUAUAUCCGUAGUGCACCCAGUCCUGGUAAGAAAACUCCUGCACCUGUCCCCAGAUUUGGAUUAGGGAUUACAUCAGGACCAACUCAAACAAAAACAGGAACAGAGGACUUUUGUACAAGUGCUCAAGGAAGUGAGUUGCGUAGUCCUGGCUGUUACAUGCCCUGGGAUGCAUCUGUUCCAAAGGGAAAGAGAAAUGGGAGACGUAGGCCAUCUUUUAUUUGAGAUGCUUAAGAAUCUCAGGUUUCAGCUGCUGCACUGGCAAAUACAACAAGUCCAUCUGAUUCAAAUCUUGAAAUAACAGGUGGACUUGUUUAAUAUGACAGAAUGAUCACAUUGUACUGAUAGCUGAUAAAUAGCAGCAUAAUCCAAGAAAAAGACAACAGCACAAUCACGUAGUAUGCUCGAAGGACAGUAUUAGACUCCUUAGUAGCAUAACAGAUUUUUAAAAAAUUAUGUCAUUCUUAGACUGUCAGGUUCUAAUUAAAGUAGGGCUCUGAGGUAGAUUUUCAUUGAGACCAAUAAUCAUAGAACUCCUUCAAAAAUGUAACAAAUGUGUUUCAUGAUAGGAAUGGAAUGUGGACUAUCUACCAAUAUUGAAGUUGGGGAGAAGGCCUAACAGUCUCAAGCUUCAAAAGAGAGCUUUGUAAAAUUUGUAUUUUAUCUGUACAAGUGACAUCUUGGAUUUUAAAGAUAAUACAUUAUCAAAAUUCUUCGAA